CUCAGCCAUAGGGUCAUACCGUCCAUCCUCCUCUCGCACUAAUUUACAUUUCGUACUGGUCCCAUCUGCAAUUGCACUGCUUCCAAGAAAGAAAGAAAAAAGAAAAACACAUUUAUGGACACACCUCGGCGUAAAGUACCAGUCAGACAAUGAAUUAAUGUUGCGCAAAGAGCUCUUAACCUCCGAUUUGUGAACAAGGGCAGCCGGGCGAAGCAACAGCGGUGCGGGAGACUUUAAGAUCCGUACCGGGACGCGGCUGACCUGUCGGGGGCGCUGUCGAGCAGGCGCGGCACCAUGGCGGAGCCCGACUACAUCGACGGGGACUGCGACGAGCUCAUCCAGCCCAAAAAACUGGUCAACCCCGUCAAGACGUCCCGCAACCACCAGGACCUCCACCGGGAACUGCUGAUGAACCAGAAACGGGGCCUGUCCCCGCAGAACAAGCCGGAGCUGCAGAAGGUGAUGGAGAGGAGGAAGAGGGACCAGGUGCUGAAGCAGCAGCGCGAGGAGCAGGAGGCCCACAAGAAGAGUUCCGACCUGGAGGUGGAGCUCCAGAAGAGGCAGCAGAAACUGGAGCAGCAUGAACUGGAGCAGCAGAAAGGCGAGGAGGAGCAGGAGAACACGCCGGAGUUUGUCAAAAUGAAGGGCAACCUGAGGAGGACGAAGCAGGAGGCGGAGCCACAGUAGCACAGCCCUUAGAGAGAGCAAGGGGCUGGGUGGGCGGAGUCCACGGCACAUCACCAUAGCGACAGCCCUGAGGGAGUUUCCUGCUGUUCCCAGUCCUCCUCUUCCUUCAAGCAGUGAAAUGACUGGCUGUAAUAGACAAUCUCCCCCAGCCACUUACUCCAGUCUUGAGGCACAUCAGUUUACACCAGUAUGCAGCGGUAUAAAUCACGGUAUAGAUCAGUGUUCACCAGUGCACGCCACUUUGCACCCCAAAUGCCGACCGCGGUGAAGUGGGAAAACUCUGGGACUUCGGAAGAGGUCCGCAGCCUUGACCAUGGCCGAAGUUAAAAGACAAAACAUCUCUCCCGUCGAAAAAAUUCACAGAAAAAGCUUCUUGUUUUCUGCGUAACGAAUGGAGCCCACAGGGUGAACUGUGGCAGCCGCACCGAAACGUUUCGCAAGCCAAAAUUAGCAGCUUUUUUUUAUUUAUGCGUUUCGCUUUUCAGUUUCGCUCUCUUGCCUUUUCUUUAUUUCUUUUAAUGCUCACUAUUGAUGUUUUAACUGUUCGUUCUCUGCUGUUACCUCAUUUUAGGGAGGGUGAGCAUGCGGCCCCCUCAGUUUUAUUGUUCUUUCUUUUUGCGUACGUUUCCACCUCAGCUUUCCCUGAUUUAAAUACUGGACCUUUCAAUGCGAAUCCUUUCUUUUAUAUUUUGUGUUUUUGAUAAAAAGGUGAAUAUGUAUGUCGGUUACUUAAACCUUAAACAGUAUUUCUUUUCUCCCCCCCCCCCCCCCAUGAUAUGCACAGCUUCAGCUCGGUUCCUCGAUUCUGAGAAUGGAAACUCAGCUAUUUUUUUGUAUGGAAUGCAACCACUAGCCGGCGCUGUUUUGUUCCCUGCUGUGACAAAUAAAAAAUGGGUUUUCUGUACAUAGAA